UCGGUUUCAAAGGUGAAGGUCAGAAAUGAACACAUGUUAUGACAUUUACAGGAUUUACGCUAGGAGAGGUGAUUUAUAAUGGGUUUCUAUAGUGAUGCAAAAGAAAGGUGGAAGAAGUUCUAUCAAUCACCUUGUGGGAAAGGCUGUCUGAAACAUGGAGUUACGGGUGCAGCUGUUGUAGGGCUUGUUGCAUUUCUUGUACGUGGAACAACAAAAAGUGUUUUGUACACCAUUCCUGCAUUUGCUGUUGUUACAAAUACCUCACUUAUUUAUUGUGAAUAUCAAACACGGAAGGCUAACCAAAAACUGUUAUCUCAAGGGCGUUUCAUAGAAAGCUUGCCAAAAUAUGUAAGAAAAACAAAAAAGCAAAAUGCAGAGGGAAAUGAAAGUAAGGAAACGUGAAACAUGAACAACACAUAAAAGAUAAAAAGUGGACAAAAAUUCUAAACUGAAGGAUGUUUUUGAUUCCUUACAAGGGAUAAUAACGGUGUGUAAGAACAGACAUAAACAUGACUUUUUAGAAAAGUACCUGGGGUAGCGCUCUUGAAAAAAAGAGAAGCCUUCAUGACAUGAAUGUUCAGUUCAAAUAAAGCAAUAAAAUUCCAAGGAGGAUAUGAUUUUCCUUUAUGGUAAAUCUCCAACAUGACAAAUGUCAUUUUCUAGAUGUAUGAUGAUGAGCACUUGAAUGAAAAAUUUGUGAUAAGUCCAGACAAAAUUGAUAAGUUGGUUAAUGUGCUGCAACUCUGUAAAGCGGGUUAGCAGAUAAAAUUGUUUUUGUAUUUUAUACAUGCAAAGUUUAAUGCCAGCUAAAUGCCAGGCUUGGUCAUUUAUUUUAAGAGGGCUGAAAUCAAUGUCAAAACCACAGUGUUCCAUUUUACUGUGCAAAAACUAUAGCAUUAAGGUUUUCCCCGUGAUCUAUGUUUAAAUUUUCCACUUACUAAGCACCUAUCCAAUGCAUUUUUCUCAUUUGAAAAAAAGAUAGGUGCAAAACAUUUGAUUUCCCCAAAAGUAGUAUGGGUGGGUCUCAUUGGCCAACUUACCAAUUUUGUCUGGCUUAAAGACAAAUGGUUAAAGGGAUAACAACUGCUCAUUUUGGCCAAAAAAUGAAUUUUCCUGGGGUAAAGGACAAUUUUCCCAUACU